UAACAUAAGCCUGAAAUAAACUGAAGUAUGCUUGCAACAAGUCUCGAGUUCUUUUGUGUUACCAAUCAUGGCGAAUGUGGCGAUUCUUGAGCUCAAUAGAAACUGUGCCAAGACAGUGGAAGAGAUAGUGAAAUUAGAGAGAAAGAUCUUUCCAAAACACGAAUCUCUAGCUUCAUUCUUUCACGAUGAACUGAAAAAGAAGAACAGUGGAUUGCUUUAUCUUCACGUGGAUGGCGAGCUUGCAGGCUACGUCAUGUAUUCUUGGCCUUCUUCCUUGUACGCCUCAAUCACCAAGCUCGCAGUGAAGGAGCAAUAUAGGGGACAAGGCCACGGAGAGACUCUGUUGAAAGCAGCAGUUGAGAAAUGCAGAACAAGAAAAGUUUCUCGCAUAAUGCUUCACGUGGAUCCCUUGAGGACUCCUGCAGUGAAUCUUUACAAGAAAUAUGGUUUCCUAGUUGACACUCUGAUUCAAGGCUACUACUCCUCAGACAGAAAUGCUUAUAGAAUGUAUCUGGACUUUGAUUCAAGUUAAAGGAGAAACUGAAUAAAUAUUUUAUGUACCGUCUACAAUUCACACCAGGUGAUUUAAUUAAAAGAACAAAAUUUGUACAAUGAUUUUUAAGCACUUGUGAAAGAUGAAUUCAAUAAAGAGGGGUUUGUGGUUUCA